GAUAAUUAUUCAAAAUAUAUAACUUAUAUGGGAUAUGUAAAACUUUUAAAUGCUCUCUGUUAAUGAGCGAACGAUUUACGAAUUUCAAACUUGAUGGAGUUGGAUCAUGGAAUCGCAUGUCGGACAUAGCCUAUUAAGGCAUAAAUCUUUACCAAUUUAGGAAAUUUAAAUGGAACUGAAAGAAGAAAAAAUAUGGAGGUGAAUCGUUACACUCGGGAUGGAUCCGCGAGUAUCACAAGUUGACUAUCAACAAAUGAAGACAAUGCCUAAAAGUGGAUCUUAUUAUUUGCAAUAAAACUUUGCAGAUCAUUUAGUCUCAGCAUAGAACGUAAUCUUGACUACCAUCCGGAGAUAACGAAGUUUCUCGGGUAUUCGAUUUAAAAAAAAUCGAGUCAAUUAAUUAGUGUGAUCAUUUAUAUUGACCUAAAUCAGAAUUUCUCACUCACGCUGCAAUUGUAUGGUUUUCGAUUAAUGAAUAAAUAUACUACAAAUUAAUUUUAACAAAUGAUUGCCUAUUAAAAUUAUGUAAUCAUAAAAGUUGGUAUAUCUGAAGUUAUAUUGCAAUUCGAGUUCGAUUACGGCUUUUUGUGAAUGGAAUGAUUCUUCAGUGUAUUUCGCUGUAUGUGUAAAUAUAGAUGUACAUAUAUACAUAUCUAUAGUGUGUAUACUGCUGUGCACUAUUAUAUAUGUAGACUCUCACUUUGAAGAGAUUUUUAUAGCAUUUCUGAACGAGUCGAAGAGCACGUUGAAUACAUUUUGAGCGAGCUGAGGUAAAUGUUUGGAGAAAAGUGCUAAAUAUAAACAGUGGAAGCCCGAAAUCGAAUCUAAUAUUGUCCGCUCACAGAAGAUCAUUGCGUUUUGGAGUCGUAGAGUGACAAUUGGAAUGACGCUCCCGAGUGCUAACUGUGCCGUUUGCCAUGUGGCCGCCCGGCUCACCUGCACCCGCUGCAAGGUCGUACGCUAUUGCAAUGGGGAGCACCAGAGGCAGGAUUGGCCCCAGCACAAGAGCUGCUGUCGGCCAUUCCGGGAGCAGCAGGAUGAGCAACUGGGCCGCUACUUGGUGGCCACACACAACGUUAAGGCCAAGCAGAUCAUAUUUGUCGAGGAUCCCCUAGUCGUGGGUCCUAAGUGGUUUCUCACCGACGAAGAGAAAUCGGCUAGCAUCGUCCCCUGCGUAGGCUGCUACACGCCCUGCCGCGUGGACAAACAUCAUUGUCGCAAUUGUCGCUGGCCCGUAUGCAGCGUCGGAUGCGAGCACGAGAAACUGGAGUGCAGUGUCCUCAGUCUGGGAAACGCACCCAAAACCAAGACGGACGUACGUGCUCUCGUUGACUACUACCGACACGAUGCGUUGCUGGUGCUCAAGUGCCUGCUGUUGCAGCAGCAACAUCCAGAUCGCUGGCGGGCGCUGUUGGAAAUGCAGUCGCAUGAAGAGGAGCGUCUGGGCACCGAGCUGCACCAGGAAGCGGAGCAGCGAGUUGUCGGCUAUCUACAGCAGCGUUUCCUGCAGCGCAUCAAGCAGAGCAAGCAACGAGACAGCAUGCCCAGCGACUAUGAGCCGCAGCUGCUGCAUCGCCUGUGCGGCAUCAUUGAGACCAACUAUAUGGUCAUCGAGCUGGCCACGGGCAUAGAGUUGAGCGGUCUCUUCCGGCAAGCCUGUAUGAUGGAGCACGCCUGCCAGCCAAAUUGCUACUUCCAGUUCGAUGCAGCCACACAACGCAUUGCGGUGCGUGCGGGCUGCGACCUGAAGAAGGGAGACCAUUUGAAGAUCACAUACACCAACAUAUUGUGGGGUACGCAAAUGCGACACCAUCACCUACUCAUGACCAAGCAUUUUAGCUGCCGCUGUGCACGCUGUGAGGAUCCGACCGAGUACGGUAGUUACGUGAGUGCCAUGCGUUGCCUGGGCGAUGUGUCCAAGACGUGCGUAGGCGUCCAGCUGCCGGUCGACCCACUUGAUGAGAAGACCCAGUGGAAGUGCGACACUUGCCCCAUGGUUGUGGAUGCCGCCUACGUGACUGAAGUGCAGACACACAUGACUGAGCAAGUGGAGUCCCUGUUGGCUGGACGACCCACAGCCAGCCAGGUGGAGCUGCUGUUGGCUCGACUAUCCCAGCUGCUGCACACCAAUCACUUUCACAUGUUUAAUCUGAAGCACACGCUCGUCCAGUUGUACGGCCAUGAGCCAGGGCUGGAGCUGGCCACACUGAGCGAUCUGCAGUUGGGCCGAAAGCAGCGCCUCUGCGAUGAGUUAUACAACGUGUGCCACUUGCUUGAUCCUCACAGCAUCAAGCUAGCCAUCUACGUCAGCAUCAUUCUCAUCGAGAUGACUCACACGCUGGAGGAGCGAGCACGCAGAGAGCAAGCUGAAGCAGCAGCUCUGCUGGAGCAAGCUGAACUGCGUCUGAAGGAGGCACAGGAUGUGGUGGAGAAGGUGCUGGACUCUGUGGCCGGGAAGAAGCUGAACGAUAAACUACAGAAGCACUUUGCGGAGCAUUACAAAUUGACAGCCAGACUGAAAUUCAACAAAUUAAAUUAAACAUUUAUAUACAACUCCUAUAA